GAGGAAGCGAGCCGAUGGCAGCGACAGAAACCCCCCGGCUACACUGACCAGUUCUCCUCUGUACAUCUAGACACAGGUUUUUCAAGGUGUUUGGCAGACUGACUCCAUGAUGCUGAGAUCAGGGCUCUGUGGGCCACAACCCGUCUGUUGCAAAACUCCUUGUUCUUCUGGUCUCUGAAGACAGUUCUUUAUGUCUCUGGCUGUAUGUUUGGGCUCGUUGUCCUGCUGCAGAGGGAAUCUGGGACCGAUCAGAUGCCUCCCAGAUGGACUGUCAGUCUUGCAUACAAAUGGAGGAAAGGACUGUCAUCAGAUAAUUGGAGCUCCAGCCUCCAAGUUGCUGAAGGUCCAUAAGAAAUCAAAGCCAGUCAUAUGAGAUGUGAAUUUGCUGAAUGAAGAAUGAGGAACUUCAGUAACUACGUCAUUGCAGUGGACUGACCAGCACCAUCAUUUCUCACAUAACCUCCUCCGUUUGAGCCUCCCUCAUUCUGUCUCAUCCCACUUGUCUGCCUUCAUCUACCGGCUCUGCUGUCCAGCCCAGGCAGAGUGGACCCGUCCCUUUCCCCAGGCCUCGUGCCCUCCCAUCGGCGGCCCGCUCCGGCGGUGUGUUGGUGUACGAUGGCGCGGUGGGACGCUGACGGCUGCCGCGGGGGACUGUGAUGUCAGAGACCAACAGCCCGGGCGAGAGCCGGCGUGGCGCUCCCAGAUUCUUCGUGGGCUGCGAGGACGAUGAGAGCGAGGUCCUGGAGGACAGCAUGAGGACAGACAUGGAGCUGUAUGAGGACGACGAAGACACAGACUCGCCCCCGGAGCGACAGAUCGUGGUGGGGAUCUGCUGCAUGAUGAAGAAGUCCAAGUCCAAGCCAAUGACCCAGAUCCUGGAGAGGCUGUGCAGGUUUGAGUACAUCACUGUGGUCAUCUUCCCAGAGGACGUCAUCCUCAACGAGCCCGUGGACAAAUGGCCACUGUGUGACUGCCUCAUCUCCUUCCACUCCAAGGGCUUCCCACUGGAUAAGGCAGUGAGCUAUGCCAAACUGAGAAACCCGCUGCUCAUCAAUGACCUGAACAUGCAGUACUACAUACAGGACAGGAGAGAGGUUUAUCGCAUCCUGCAGGAGGAAGGGAUUGAUCUACCACGCUAUGCUGUGCUGAACCGCGACCCAGAUAAACCAGAAGAGUGUAACCUGGUGGAAGGAGAGGACCACGUGGAGGUGAACGGAGAGAUAUUCCAGAAGCCUUUUGUUGAGAAGCCUGUCUGCGCUGAGGACCACAAUGUGUACAUCUACUACCCCACCUCUGCUGGGGGUGGCAGCCAGCGGCUCUUCAGAAAGAUUGGGAGUCGGAGCAGCGUGUACUCACCAGAGAGCAGUGUGAGGAAGACGGGCUCUUACAUCUACGAAGAAUUCAUGCCAACAGAUGGCACCGAUGUUAAGGUGUACACUGUGGGGCCAGACUAUGCUCAUGCCGAGGCCCGGAAGUCCCCUGCUCUGGACGGGAAGGUGGAGAGAGACAGCGAGGGCAAGGAGGUCCGCUACCCCGUCAUGCUGUCGGCCAUGGAGAAACUUGUGGCACGCAAGGUUUGCCUGGCAUUUAAGCAGACCGUCUGUGGCUUCGACCUCCUCCGAGCCAAUGGACACUCCUAUGUGUGUGAUGUCAACGGUUUCAGUUUCGUGAAGAACUCAAUGAAGUACUAUGACGACUGUGCCAAGAUCCUCGGGAACAUUGUGAUGCGUGAGCUGGCUCCUCAGUUUCAGAUUCCUUGGUCCAUCCCUACUGAGGCAGAGGACAUCCCCAUUGUUCCCACCACUUCAGGGACCAUGAUGGAACUGCGCUGUGUCAUUGCUGUCAUCCGCCAUGGAGACAGAACACCUAAACAGAAGAUGAAGAUGGAAGUUCGCAACCCCAUGUUCUUUGAUCUGUUUGAAAAAUAUGGAGGAUACAAAACGGGUAAACUAAAGCUAAAGAAGCCAAAACAACUGCAGGAGGUGCUGGACAUCACACGGCAGUUGUUAGCAGAACUAGGACAGCACAAUGACUGCGAGAUAGAAGAGAAGAAGUCCAAACUGGAGCAGCUGAAGACUGUCCUGGAAAUGUAUGGCCACUUCUCGGGGAUCAACAGAAAAGUACAGCUAACUUACCUACCCCAUGGGCAGCCCAAAACCUCCAGUGAGGAAGAAGACACACGUAAGGAAGGUCCGUCUCUACUGCUGGUCCUGAAGUGGGGUGGGGAGCUGACUCCUGCUGGCAGAGUGCAGGCUGAGGAGCUGGGAAGGGCCUUCCGCUGUAUGUACCCCGGAGGACAAGGAGACUAUGCUGGAUUUCCAGGCUGUGGGUUACUCCGGUUACACAGCACCUACAGACAUGACCUGAAAAUAUACGCGUCUGAUGAAGGCAGGGUGCAGAUGACGGCUGCAGCUUUCGCAAAGGGUUUGCUGGCUCUGGAGGGUGAGCUGACACCCAUCCUGGUGCAGAUGGUGAAGAGUGCCAACAUGAACGGGCUGCUGGACAACGACAGCGACUCACUGAGCAGCUGCCAGCACCGUGUCAAGGCCAGACUCCAUGAAAUUCUGCAGAAGGACAGGGACUUCACCGACGAGGACUACGAUAGGCUGGCCCCAACCUGUAGUGCCUCUUUGGUGAAUUCAAUGAAGAUAGUCCAGAACCCAGUGGCCACAUGUGACCAGGUCUAUGCCCUCAUUCAGAGCCUCACCUCCCAGAUCCGCAAAAGAAUGGAGGACCCAAAGUCAGCUGACCUGCAGCUUUACCACAGUGAGACACUGGAGCUGAUGCUGCAGCGCUGGUCCAAACUUGAGAGAGACUUCCGCAUGAAGAAUGGCCGCUACGACAUCAGUAAAGUACCUGACAUUUACGACUGUGUGAAAUACGAUGUUAUCCACAACGCUACUCUAGGCCUGGAGGACACACUUGAGCUGUUCAGACUGUCUCGAGCUUUGGCUGACGUCGUCAUCCCACAGGAAUAUGGCAUAAAUAAAGUGGAGAAAUUGGAUAUAGCAUACGCCUACUGCCUCCCACUGGUCAGAAAGAUUCAACUUGACCUGCAGAGGACCCAUGAAGACGAGUCUGUCAACAAACUACAUCCUCUGUACUCUCGUGGAGUGAUGUCUCCUGGGCGCCAUGUCAGGACACGUUUAUAUUUCACCAGUGAGAGUCACGUCCACUCCUUGCUCAGCAUUUUCCGCUAUGGAGGCUUGCUUGACGAGGAGAAGGACCAGCAGUGGAGGCGUGCCAUGGAUUACCUCAGCGCCGUCUCUGAACUCAACUACAUGACUCAGAUUGUCAUCAUGCUGUAUGAGGACAACAAUAAGGACCUGACCUCCGAGGAACGCUUCCAUGUAGAGCUUCACUUCAGCCCAGGGGUAAAAGGCGUUGAAGAGGAGGAGAAUGCACCAACUGGCUUUGGCUUCAGGCCCGCUUCUGCAGAGGUAGCACGACAGAACGGGCAGAAACAGCCUGACCCCGGCAGCCUGGAGGACCUCUCACGAGAUGAGACGGACCGUGCUGUGCCACUGUCUGAGCCCAUCACCAUUCAGAGGAGAUCCCCACUCAUACGCAAUCAUAAGACUGGAUCGAUGGAGGUCCUGUCAGAGACAUCAUCCUCCAAAGUAGGCAGUUAUCGCCUCUUCUCGUUCUGCUCACGACAAUCCCCUGAGAUGAAACAAAGUGGAUUAGGGUCUCAGUGCGCCGGGCUCUUCAGCACCACUGUCCUAGGUGGGUCCUCUAGCGCCCCUAACCUGCAGGACUACGCACGCGCACACCGCAAAAAAUUCUCCACUGGCAGUCUGUCCUACAAAGACGAGUUGUUGUCUAUGCCGGCAGUAAAACGAUUUUCUGUGUCGUUUGCAAAGCAUCCGACUAAUGGCUUCGAAGGCUGCUCCAUGGUGCCCUCCAUCUAUCCUCUGGAAACUCUGCACAACUCGCUGUCACUAAAACAAGUCAACGAGUUCCUCACCGGCGUGUGCGAGAGCGCAGGGGACCUGCACACCAGGACUUCCAGAGCUCUGUCAGCCAUGUUUGACGCACACAACCAGCCGUCAGUGGACUCGUACAUCCCUCAGCGAGUCCUCUCUUCUUCCAUCUCUCUCAGAUCUCGUUCUGACAGACCUCCUUGGUACAGCAGCGGUCCAUCCAGCACAGUGUCCAGCGCUGGGCCGUCCUCUCCCACCACAGCUGACACUUCCCCACGCUUCAGUUUCAGCGAUAAGAUCUCCCUCACCCCUCAGAGCAGUGAGGAAGCUCACUCCUCUCAAAACAUUUCCACUCAGCCAACGUCUGCCACGGGGUCACAAGUCCUCGACCCAACUUACCCUGCAGUGUCAAACCUCACUGAAGUCCCUCUGACUCCAAAGAACUCACCAGAGGAUGACGACGUUACUGGUCACCAGCUAGAUAAUCCUGAACACAUGCAGGAAGGGCCGGAGGGGGCCUCUGCAGCCCUGGAUCCUCCAAUUUCAGAUCCUGGCCUGAGGCCGCCCUGCUCUGCGUUAGCUGAGCUCGCUCUGGGUCGGAUAGAGGGUUACUGCCUCCCGGGCUCUCUGCCUGUGCUGCUGGAGCUCAGAGAGAGCAGCAGCGAGGCAGGCUCUAGCUCCCAGACGCCCCAGUCUCCUGAGGGACCCGACGAGUUCUUUGACACUCAGGAGUCCAUGGAGUUAUGGAUGGACAGUCCAGAAAGCCUCCCCCAUCCUGAGACCCCUCUGGAGGUUGGAGCCGCUCACGCGGCGGAGCCGUAGGGCGUGGAAAACUACAGGAGAGCAGCUCCGUCAGAAACUACUGUGGUUACAUCUGUAACUUUACAGGCAUCAUCCUUGUUGUCGGUCAUGAGCAGCGAGGCACUGAGCUACAGCCAACCAGGCCUCCGCUCUCCUCCAGCUUGAUGACUGUGUGUUGGGUAAUUAUGGGCAGCUGAUCCUCACACUAGGCCCAGGGUUGGAGAAUCAUAUGACAAUGCCACACGUGCUGUUCGUUUCCUUUUGAAAAAGCACACUGGUGACACACCAGUGAGACCACCGAGCCUCCUGUGACAGUCCACUGGUUCAGUCCAUCUAUCUGUAAAGAUGGAGGAAGCCACUUGUUGUAAGGUGAAGCUUUAUUGUUAAGUUUAAAUUAAACAGCCCCCUGUUACUGUUGCUUAUAUGCUGUUGCACAAGGCCCUUCCUUAAAGCUGCAUUAAUCGAUAUUUGGCCACUAGGGGGCAGAAAAACUCCAAAAGAAGCAGAGAAACUCACAGCCCUGACAUUUUACCACCUUACAAAGUUGUUUUAGUAAAAGUGUGAGGAUACAGUUGCUCACUUCCGCAUCCAGCAGACUCUGAGCUACAUUAUCAUUUUUAUCGGAGUGGUCUUUGUGUCCACCUGAUGAAUGUAAGUCCAAUAGUCACUCCCCUUUUAGCUCUGGUUUGCUCUCCACCAACUCCUGAGAAAAACAUCUGGCGUUUUAGCUUUGAGAUGUUCCACUAACGUCAUUUGGUGCUGAGCAGGGAGUGGACAGUGGAUUUAUCGGGGGUUGAGGAGAGUACUUAGUCGAACAGGAAAUGAGCUGUAAAACCAAAAGAGCUAAAAGAGGCUAAAAAGCUACAUCGAGAUGGAGUUGACUGGAUAACUCUGUGUGGGUUUUCACAGUUCACGUGUUCAGCUGAUUCAUUGCAACCACAAAGAUAUGGAUUAAUGGAGCUUUAAAUUGUGUAAAGUCGGCCUCUCGUCUUUCUUACCUUCAGCCCUUACUCUUGGACGGCUGCAGUAGUGAAGCUUUAGCCUUCGUAUUACCAAUUUUUAUAUCAUCCUCACAUUCAGGUGAUGGGUAUCAGGGCGUGUUUCCUGGCACCGGGGCAGCCACACUUUAUCAUUGCUACAUGAGCGAAAGCUUUCCUGAUUUCCAGGAAAUCACAGGACACAGUGACGUAUAGACCCACUGCUUUUAUGAGUAACACAGGAAAUGACUUGCAGUACAGGACAGAGAAACUGACAGAAAAUACAAUCAGUGGCUCUUCUGUUAUUCAUCAUGCGCCAGAGUUUAUCCGGUGCUGAGCUUCUGUGGCGCUACAUGUUUAGUACCUGCAUUGGUGAUUAGAGAAAAAAAACAAACAAAUCAAAAGCUGAACGACAGCAGCUGAAUCGUCAUUCAAAUAAGUAAAAAAUGUGUAACUUUAAAGUGUAAGUAAUCUCCAGGUCAAACCUUGUGUGCACUGCUUACUGCCAAAGUCCUUAAGCCUCAUCGAAGAUUUAAUAUAAUCAGUAGGAAAAGAGAGAGAGAAAAUAUUUAUUUUGAAAUUGCAUCUUGAAAAGAAAUGUCUGGUAUUUUUAAUAGCCACACAUUAGAUAUUUAAUUGUACCAUAGCUAUUGUAUUUUUUUGUAAAAAUCACCUCAUGAUGUGGGAAAAAUCUGAAAGCUAAUCUAUCAUUUUAUCACUGAACAAACAGGAGGGGCGUUUUACAUUCGAUGUGCUUUUAUUGUGGCAAGCAGUAAUGUAGCAGGUGUGUAUGUGUGUAUGGGGAGGGGGUUGCACACGUGCUUGAGAAGCAAUUCAGGUAGAUGAGUACACUGAUGUGCAAUUCUGUGUUUAAUCAGUGGGAUUUCAUGUUACAUUGCAAUGUACUGUAGAGGUGCAAAACGCAACUGUGAGUUAGUGAAACACUCACCUGUUGUCCUGUCUGUGUGUACAUAUUAAAAAAAGAUGA